GUGGACUUCGUGCUUCGUUUUGUCCUGGCCGCCACCCGUCAUCAUCAAGCCAUUAUUCACAGCGAGACAAUCUCGAGUCGCCUCGUAGAUCGCCCUGGGGGACUUGCAAGCCCACGUCUCUUUGAUCAACCCCCAAGCCCUACAACAGCCGGGAGGUGACGUUUGCAGUCUCGGUGUCUCUCACUCACACUACUUCGCCAUUUUGCCUCAACGUCAGACUCGUCACGAGUUGUGCACCACCGGUCGCGACAACAACCGUCGACCAUGAGAGGGGGCUAGUCAACAGCCAGGGACACCGAGAGGAGAAAAAUUCGGUGCCGAUUCGGAUUCGGGACUAUCAUCGCCACGUGGAACGUAUGGAGCCGAUAUCGCCGCACCUCCCACCAGGGGAGCAGAUGCGAGAAGACCAGCAACUGCUGGACCGGCCGCACAUCAAGCCACCGCUGCCACCGGGCCGUCACUUUACGGCGCGGAGCGUCCUCGCAGGCCUCGGUGUUGGCACCGUCAUAUGUGCUGCCAAUGUUUACUUUGGCCUCCAGACCGGAUGGGUGUCUAUCAUGUCCAUGCCCGCCAGCCUCAUGGGAUUCGGCAUUUUCAGGCUCCUGCGCCGCCACCUGCGCUUCCCCUUCACGCCCGUCGAGAAUGUGCUUCUUCAGAGCGUUGCCUGUGGCAUGGCAAUCAUGCCUCUUGGUUGCGGCUUUGUCGGCGUCAUUCCCGCCAUGGACUAUCUCCUGACUCCAGAGGAGCAAGGCCCCUUAUUUCUUAGUGUUGGCCAGCUCAUUAUCUGGUCACUGGGACUCUGCUACUUUGGCGUCGUCUUCGCUGUGCCCCUGCGCCACCAGGUCAUCAUCCGCGAAAGACUCCGGUUUCCCAGCGGGUUCAGCACCGCCGUCUUGAUAUCUGUCCUUCACGGCCAGGGAGCUCGUUCCUCGAGCAAGGAAGACCUAGACGCUGCAGCUCAGGGUGGAUUUGCAAGUCUUGUGCCUCGCCAGGAAACAUCGCCCAGUCAGUCACCCAUUACCAGUGAACCUGCUCCAUUAGACCGCUCGGUAUCUCCAGACGGGGACCCCGAUGUCUCACAGGACUGGGUGUCCAACAUGCGCCUCCUGCUUCUAUGCUUUCUUGUCUCAGGGCUCUUCACGGUCACCACCUACUUUCUCCCCUUCUUGCGCAACAUUCCGAUAUUCGGAACCGUUGCAGCUCAGACAUGGCUCUGGACGCUGAACCCAAGUCUUGCCUACGUUGGCCAAGGCAUCAUAAUGGGAGCGGAGACCACGUUGCACAUGGUUAUCGGGGCCGUUGUCGGCUGGGGCCUGCUCAGUCCUCUCGCAAAAGUCAAAGGCUGGGCGCCGGGUCCCGUCGAUGACUGGGAACAUGGCAGCAAGGGGUGGAUCGUCUGGAUUUCGCUGGCCAUCAUGCUUGUCGAUGCUGUGGUCAGCCUCGGCUAUAUCGCCCUGCAACCUUUACUCGGUCGAAGGCUCCUUGUGCUCAUUGAGCCGCUGCGACUCCGGCUACGCGCUCGAGGAGGUAUCACGUCAUUGUUUGGCCGCUCCUCACACCACUAUGCGCCACUGUCAGACCGGGACGAUGACGGCCGCCAGGCCUCUCGCCCGGCAUCUGCCCGUGACCGGUCGGACUGCGGCAAAAGCAAUAGCGACGACGACGACGCCCCGCCCGAGCAUCGCAUCGGGGGACGUCUCGUAGCUGUCGGGCUUGUUCUUUCCAUUCUUCUAUGCGUUCUGACCAUACAUGUUGUAUUCGGGGAUCUCGUCCCCCUCUAUGCGACCGUUACGGCCGUCCUCAUGGCUCUCGUCCUCAGCAUCAUGGGGGUUCGCGCUCUGGGCGAGACCGACUUGAAUCCUGUUUCUGGCAUCAGCAAGCUGGCUCAGCUCUUCUUCGCCAUCAUUGUGCCCCAGUCCAACAAGAAUAGCGUGCUCAUCAACCUCGUCGCAGGGGCUGUGGUAGGAACACCCUCACUUCCUGCUCUCCUUAAGUGGCAUCGUUUUACCGCGCAACUGAGCUGACAUAACUACAUGUAUAGUCCGAGGCCGUAAGUGGCAUGCCUUUGCCCAGAUUGCGCUCACAUGUUGCCAGUAGCUUACAAACAGGUAUCAUCGUCGACCAGGGCGCCUUGCAAGCCGGAGACCUUAUGCAGGACCUUAAAACCGGUCAUCUCCUCGGAGCCGCUCCGAAAGCCCAGUUUUGGGGACAAGUGAUUGGCGCCACAGUCGGUGCCCUGCUCAGUGCCUUUAUAUAUCGCUUGUAUACUAUGUGAGUACCUCUGCGUGCCUCAGGGGUUUGGUUUGGCCAUAUGUACGGGCUUCUCUUACCAACGGCGCACCACCGUAGGGUUUAUACGAUCCCGGGAGAGUUGUUUCAAGUUCCGACCGCUUACGUUUGGAUAUUCACUGCGAGGCUGGUGACUGGGCAAGGGCUGCCGCCAAAGGUCAAGGAGUGGGCUGUCGGCGCUGGCGUUCUUUUCGCCUGCACGACGAUGACGAGAACCUUGUCAGUAGGCAAGCGAUGGCGAUCAUGGGUUCCAGGUGGCAUAGCCGUGGCUGUCGGUACGUGAGCUUCCCCGUCAAAGUCGCUCUCGGUAAUCGAUGCAAGAAGCUGAAUGUCUAUAGGCAUGUACAAUGUCCCAUCUUUCACGCUUGCCCGCGCCAUCGGAGGAUUAUUUGGCUGGUACUGGGUCCAAAUUUUGCGGCGGUCCAACACACCGCUCAUCAUCAUGGCAUCGGGGUUCAUACUUGGCGAGGGAUUCUUGAGCAUUGUGAACUUGCUUUUGCAAGGCUUCGGAGUCCCCCAUUACUGAGGUAGCCUGUCGGUGUUGGGUCGCCAUCACAACCCAAGGAGAGGUGGAAGCGAAGACGGGUAGCCCAGCGUGCUAUACUUGCUGGCCCUGAACUUAUGCCUAGAUGCCUGACAACAAGGGCCUCUACUUAAGUUUCCAUGACUGGCUUCUCUCUGGCCGGCCUGCAACACCCCAUGCGGCGUCUAUGGUGAGGGCUCGAGCAUUCUCCUCGAGGACCUUGAACGUAAUCUUGCCGGAGACACGUGUUCCCCUAGGACUCGACAUGGGCGAAUCUCGUGGCUCCGCGAGUAGCAGUCCUUGCUUCCAAUGGGUCUCGAAACCGUCUGGUGCCGUGGUAAAGGCGACGUUACCGCUCUUCUUGGCCACCCAAGCAUCCGGCGUGGUUGGAGGAGGCGGUAUCGGUUCGUGACGCGACGUGGCGAAAAAGUUGUCGAACCAAACAAGAAAGCCGUCGAUGUCAUCGACGGGCCUGUUCAAGUCUGAGUGCCAGUCUGCCGUGAAAACCAGCUCUUCAGGUUUCACGCUGCCCAGAUCGAGCGUCUUGAAGGGAAAGGGGGUGCCGCAGACAGAGCUGCCGGGCAUUGUCUCUAUGCGGGCCUCAUCGUAGAUGCCCUCCUGCAUCGCUUUCAUGUCAAAGCCGUAAACGUCCC